AUGGCUUUGCAGCAGCAGAAAGUGCACGAUGUGAUCAAACAGUACCGUCCUGCCAGACAAUUCCCUGGCUCCGUGCGCUCAGAUGGAGGAGAAAGCCAUAUAACUUCGCUGGAUUUCGAUGACAUGGGUGACUUCUUGGUUGCGGCCUGCGACGACGAUACAAUGCAAGUGUACGAUGUCAAGGAGGGCAAGAGAACGAAAACAAUACCCAGCAAGAAGUAUGGCAUUCACCUGGCUCGUUUCACCCAUCAUCCGCGCAACGUCCUCUUUGCCAGUACGAAACAAGACGACUCCCUCCGCUUGCUCGAAUUACACAACGAGAGUUUCGUUCGCUACUUCAGCGCGCACACCGCCCGAGUCACCUGCAUAGCAUUAUCACCGGGGAGCGACCAAUUCUUGUCGUGUGGAAGCGACGAUAUGGUUUGCCUGUGGGACCUGAACUCAAGAAGUCCUCAGGGCAAACUCAAACUGGUCACACCCUACCUCGCUGCGUACGACCCAUCGGCGAACGUGAUGGCUAUAGCAUCACAGUCCACGUCGUCCAUCCUCAUGUACGACGUCCGCAAUUUCGACAAAGCACCGUUUGCCACUUUCGAUAUGGCCGAAUCUGAAGAGAGAUACACUCCGACCACGAAAGGACGCGCGUGGACAAAACUAGAGUUCUCCAAUGACGGAAAGAGUAUGCUCUUGGGCACGGACUAUCAUGGUCAUUUUGUACUGGAUGCCUUCGAUGGUGCGGUUAAAUCAUUUCUCGUGGGAAAAACGAACGGAUCAGGACGGGCGGCGCCUGUGUCAACGUCGGGAAAGCCUUUGGGUCAAGGCGAUGCAUGCUUUACACAAGAUGGAAGGUAUGUCGUUGGAGGGACGGGAGAUCAAGACCUCUUCGUCUGGGACACUUUGACUGCUACCGGAGGUCGACAGGAGCCCACCACCAAAUUGACAAGUCGUGGAAUCAAGAGUGUGAUUGUACAAUGCAAUCCACGGUACAACAUGCUCGCAACAGCAGAUACAAGGGUCUGCAUGUGGCUUCCAGGAGACCAGAUCAAGAACCCGGAUCUUUGA